AUGAACAAGUCAAUGUUCUGGCAGCCGCGACGGCAUGGCUAUGACAGGGGAAGCUUGUUCCCAGAGAAAGGCGAGAACAAACCUCCACCCCGAAACCUAUGCGUGCCACAGUUUAUUUCAACACUUACACUAAACAACCUAGCAUACCGUAGUAAUAUGCUAUUAUGGAAGCAUAUACUGCUUCCGCCUUUCCACGCGCAAUGUCGAUCAGACUCGAAUCUACAGCGUCUUUCAGGAUGUCGUUUUGUACAUGACAAAAUCCGUUCCUCAAGUUUUUCUGAUCGCUCAGAAGAAAAACAAGCACCCGAUCGACCUGUGUGCUGUUUUUUAGUGAAUCGAUCGAAGAACCAUUCUCCUCACCACGUUCUUGUCAGCUGGAGCAAGAAACUUGCCUGCUCCGUUGUCCAUCACUUCUCCCAUAACCUCUUCAGCCAUUUUCUUCAUUUCUCUGUCACUCGGGAUUCGACUAAAUUCAUACUGGUCAUCGUCCAUUUGAAUGCGAGAGAUAACUGCAUCCUCCCGCAACCGCCUGUUCAUCAUUCGGAUGAUUUCAUUUGCAACUUGCAGAGAGUAAGGGCUGGUUUCUCUUUGACUUGUUCGCAGUGA